UGACAAAAGCCAAUAGAAGAAAAAGUAGAGCUGGUGUGAAAACGCACGCUCAUUAUAUUGUUAUAAAUCAAUUAAUUUUCACAAAAAUAUUUGCGCAAUAUUAUAAAAGAUAAAUCAUCACAAACUAGCCAUUCAAGUGGUUGUAUUAUAUACAUAAGUUUAUAAUAGAUUGUAAAUAAAUAUGGGACGUAAAAAGAAGAAGGCAUCCAAGCCAUGGUGCUGGUAUUGCAAUCGGGAAUUUGACGAUGAAAAAAUUUUGGUGCAACAUCAAAAAGCGAAACACUUUAAAUGCCACAUUUGUCAUAAGAAGUUGUACACAGGCCCAGGUCUUUCAAUUCAUUGCAUGCAAGUGCAUAAAGAAACAAUUGACAAAGUUCCCAACUCAAUUCCGAAUCGACAAAAUAUUGAAAUCGAAAUUUUCGGAAUGGAUGGCAUUCCUGCAGAAGAUUUGAAAGAGCAUGAACGUCAAAAAACUGGUAACACAAAAUCAGAAUCAGACGAUGAUGAACCGUCAAAUAAACGCACAAAAACUGACGCCAAUAAUUUAAUGCAACAACCGAAUAUGAUGAUGGCCAAUAUGAUGCCGCCACAUAUGAUGGCACAAUUUGGCAUGGGAAUGCCAAUGAUGCCUCAGCAAUUUGCAAUGGGAAUGCAAAUGAUGCCACAUCAAAUGAUGCAACCAAGGCCAUUAUUCCCGGCCGCAACAUCAUCGGUAGGCCAACAUCCAAUGGCACCGAAACCAACAUUUCCUGCAUACAGUAGUGCAACGAUAAGUGCCCCGCCAACAACAAACAAUACGGCAGGUGCAUCGAACGCAUCCACUCAGGAACCAAGCAAACCACCAACGGCUGCUGUAGCCCCAACAAGUGGAAUUACCUCAAAAAUUAUGCAUCCACCAGAAGACUUGAGUUUAGAAGAAUUUCGUGCCCGCAAACCGAAAUAUCUAAAACAAAUCACUAUGGCCCGUGCGAAUGCAAUUAGUUUUGCCUCAUCAAAUUCACAACAUUAUCAACAACGGCGACAACAACAACAACAACAACAGCAACAGCAACAGCACCAUCAUCAUCAACAACAACAGCAGCACCAUCAUCAUCAGCAGCAGCAGCAGCACCACCAACAACAACAACAACAACAACAACAACAGCAAAAUAUGGCUGCAUUAGCUCAGGAGCUACAGCAGCAAUCCCAAAAACAACAGGACCAAAUUCUACGCAUUAAAGAACAACAGGAACAACAACUCACAGACGAAAUCAAUCGAGCUGUUAUGCUUCAACGAAUGCAACAAGUAGCUCGACCGGCUGCUUCAAUGGGAAUGGUACAAACUGUUACUAGUACAUCAAUGCCAUUAAUGCAGCCAAUGAUGCGACCAGCAAUGGCUUUAGCGCCAACACCUCCCCAAUUUGCUGCUCAUAUGAUGAGGCCGGGUGGUCCAAUGGGAAUUGCACCAGGUUUAUUAGCGCCAAUGCCGGGAAUGGUUGCGCCUGGAUUAAUGCUACCAGGGCCUCCGAUGAUGCCGAUGCUUCCCAGAUUUCGGUGAUUAAAUCAAGGACCGCUGUAUAUGAUGACGGCGGCCCAAUUUCCAACUGCACAUCCAACAGCAGUUCAAUCAUCAAUUGCACCUAUCUCCGUUAUCUACGCAACAACACAAAACAGUCAACCAACAACAACAGUAACGGCACAUCAAAUUAUUAAACAGCUACAACUUUAGUGUGAGAAAAAAAGACCCCCACACAUGGCUAAGGAUACUGAAGACCAAAUAGCAAAUCGAGAUUUCAAGUAAAAACUGAAUUUUGCAUGAAAUUUUGGUUUCGCUUUUGAAAAACUUCGUCAACUCAAACGCAAGUUAUUUUCUCUUAUGUCAACCUAAACAGCAACAACAACAACAAAAUACAAACAACAAGCAAUAGUUUUGCCAAUUUUUCCAUAAACUUAUUAGUUUUGUGUAGCUGAAUGUAAAGAUACUUAAAGCAAUUUUUGUUCAUUCAAAAUUCUGAUGUCUAAAACGAACAUAUUUCACACAAAUUGUAAUUUACACUUAAUCCUUCAUUGAGAUAUGAAUGAGGUUCACGAAAUUGGACACCAAUUGGUACGUACCUUUUCAUAUUUUCCUACCGGUAGAUACUUACACACAACAAAUAAAUGGAUUUAGGAUUUACAUGAAAAAAAUAUAUAUAUCUCAGAAACAAAUGAACAUAAAUAACAUAAUCACACACAUACAUUUACACAACAAUGUAGAAACCACAAAAACAAACUGAAUGAAAAUACAAACAAAGCGAAAUUGAAUUUGUGCUCGGCUGCUAAAUAAUAAAUCUACUUUAAACCAUUUACAAAACUUAGCUUCAACUUUCAAUUUUAGCUCACGUCCAAGUUUUUCACCUUCAUAAUAUAAACCGAAAAUAACACGUUUUCUCGAUUCUGCAGAUGCUAUUCUACUCAGUAGUGUUUCAAUUUUUUUUACAUUUUUCUAGUUUUUACCUUCUCACUCCCAAUUCAAAAUGAUCAACAACAAACAACAAAUAGUGACGAGCAAAUAAAUAGACGCAAUCCCAACUUCGCUUGUUUUCCAAAUAUUAAAUGUCAAUUGACUUCUUAAAAGUCAAUAUAUAAUGUGCUGUUAAUCUAAUUGCUAUGCAAUUCUCAAACGACUUCCUAAAGUGAACCUUAACACUUGAGUACAUCCUAAUGAACUAGAAAACUGAUUUAAAUGUGCAUUUUCAGAAUUUAAUUUAUGUAUAAAACAAAUAUAUAUAUGAGCAAUGAUGACGAACUCGUUCAAUUUCGAAGCAAAAAAAAAUGCUAUAAAGAUUCGUAUCUAAUUUAUAUUUAAAGGAAGGCAAGUGAUAAUAAAAGUGAUUACUUUUUGCAUCACAAUUUUAAUGUUGGAUCCAUCAACAAUGGAUUCCUUGUUGAUGUCAACUGUUUGAAAAGUGCACAGAAAAAAUACUGGCACCCCCCAAAUCUAUAUAAAAAGCAAUAUGUCAAUUAAUCUACUGGCCAAAUUCUGUCAUUAAAAAAUGUGCAUUAUUCAAGCAAGAGAUCAACAGGCGACAAAUAUUGCACUCUCUUUUUCUUUUUCAGUUCGCAUUAUAACGAUUGUGAAUGGAAAAUUUGUCACAUUAAUUUUGUUGAGUGGAAAGUCCCUUGUCAAAUACUUUUGGAUUUCAUGCAUAUGGCCAAAAUAUGUUGGCAGGCGAGUUUCUUGUGGAAUUCACAGCAAUCUUCAUUUUUUUGAAUUGAAAAUGUUGCUGUUGGACUUUUCAGUCCUUGUCUUCUGUAAACUGUAUACAUACCGAACUAUAUUGUUAAAGUAAGGUCGCAAGAAAGAUGGAAGUAAGCCAAGAAAUGUGCGUUUAUUUAGUGAUCGAAUUGAUUUGAGUUGAUAGCGGAAUGGUGCUUUUUCGAAAUCAUAUUAUUUUUUUUAAACUCGAGCCGCAAGUCUAGACAGAUGUACUAUAUUUCUGAAUAAAUUAAAAUUACCAUAACGCGAUUUCAUGAGAGAAAAAAAACUUUACGCACUUCAUUAUAAACACCACAAUAUUAUUGGCCCCAAAUUCAAAAUAAACAAAUAAUUAUUUACGCAUAAAUGUACAAUUUUAAUUGAUGUUAAAAUCCAUGAAAUAAAUCAAAAGUCUAAUCACAAUAGAGAAUGAAAUUUUUUCGAUUGAAUGCUGCAUACAUCGAAUACCAAGCCGCAAAAUUAUAAAUUUAAUGAUUUAGAAAAAUCAUCAAUUCUUUUAGGAAUUUAGUCGAAAAAGAACAAAAAAAAAUUCUUAAAUGUAAUACGUAAUUAGAAUGAUGAGAAGUGCAUUUUGUACACUCGUAAUGACAUUGAAACAUAAAUAAAAAUAAACGUUCGAUCCCAAACUAA